AGGAAAUAGAAAUGCUUGUCGGUGCCUGUGGUCAGUUUGUUUCUCUGACUGCUCCCUCUCCGACAUGGCUGGUCCCCUCAGACUUCUUCUCAUCCUCGCUGGACUCACCGGUCAGUAACUCAUUUGGUUGAGCCAAUUAGGAAUUCACACCGUUGCUCAAGUCAGUAAAGUGUCAGUAAAAGUCGGUGAUUCCAUCACUACCCCAUGUCUCUAUGACCUGCAACAUAGAAAUCAGGUUAAAUGUUUAUGUAAAGGAGGAUCUUGGUUGUCUUGCUCUACUGAAGUGAGGACUGAUUCAAAAGACAUGGCUGUUCAUCUCGGCUUCCUUCUCAUUUUGACUGGAAUCACAGGAAUUCACAGCCUAACUAAAAUCAGUAUAGUGUCAGCGAGAGCUGGAGCUUCGAUCUCUAUCCCAUGUCUCUAUGACUCUCAAUAUAUAAACCAUGUGAAGUACUUGUGUAAAGGAUACUAUAUGGUCUCCUGCUCUUAUGCAGUUAAAACAAACCAACCAAGCAGUUCAGGGAAGUUUUCGAUCUCAGAUGAUAAAAAACAAAGAGUCUUCACUGUGACUAUAAAUCAUCUGACCGAAGAGGACGCUAGUUAUUACUGGUGUGCUGUGGAGAUUAAUGAUGGAUCAGAUUUCGGAAGUUAUUUCGAACUGUCAGUCAAAAAAGGCCCAUCAUAUCUCUAUGUGGAUCAACAGAAGAGGACAGGAUUCAGAGGAGAUAAUAUAAAAUUCUACUUUCACUAUCAAUACGCUGGAGGAAUACAGUGGUGCAGGCUGGGCAGCUCCUGCGUGACACGGUCGAAUGGAUGGUUAAAUAACUCAACAGUCACCUUCAAUAUAACUGUCCCUGGUGUUCUCACUGUGACUAUGAGUGGACUGAGGACUGAGAGCAGCGGCUGGUAUAUGUGUGUUAAAGGAGACUUACAGAUGCCAGUGCACAUAAAUGUUACAGAGAAACCUACCACUGUAAGUCCUACCAGCCCUAAGCCUGUGACUCACACCUCUAGUUCUGCAAACCAAACACUUACCAAAGGAAUGGGUGAACAGCAAAGUUUUUCAGUACUAUUAAUGGCCUUCACCAUCCCUUUGAGUUUGCUGAUCUUCUUUGUAAUAGUGGCCUUAUUUAUCUGGUUUAUGUGCAAAAGACAGGGACAGUCCAAAAAAGCAUCCUCAGCCACAAUAAUGGCUUCAGAGGAAGUAACAAACAGUACUGUCAAGAAAAGGAUAAACACUUCAGUCCAGCUUCAUCUCGCUGAAGAGGAAGUAACAUACAGCAAUGUUAAACCCAUGAUAAAAAAUUCAGAAAAGUGGUCAAAAGCUCGUAGAGAUGUGGACGUGAUGUACUCCUAUGUGGUUGCUGUAGAAUGUCAAACUGGGCAAAGGCAAAUUCAAGCGGAAGAAGAUGCUGUAACAUACAGCAGAUUGACUAUGCACCAGAACCACCUGUGAAUGUAACCCCUAUCUAUACCUAUCACUGGAGUCUUUUUUUAGAUGCUACUCUUUAGAAACGUGGACCUUGUCCCAAAUUAUACAGAAAAUUAUAUAUAAAUAUUUUGUAAAAGUGUUAUCUUGUAAACUCUACUUGUAAUUCCUCUGAUCCGGCCUUACAAAUAAAGUAUUUGUAAAAUGUUUUGCUUGUAUGUUGAUAAAGAUAACCAUGUAUUAAAUCUCAUCAGAUCUG